AUGUUGCCCGCUAAACAUAGCCUGUCGUUGAAAAAGCCAGUAUUUAGCUCUCAACUACGCCACACGAUUAUCAAAAAUCGAUCAUGCAUAUCUAGUCAUGUUUCCCAGCUAGUCAAUCAACGCUUCAGAUCUUUUCAUGCCACUACUCCAAAUUUCUUCUAUCAUGAAACCCUCCAAACAACGCACGCUUUAAUUCAGUCGGUCCACCUCAUUAGUGGAACAUCAUGGUCACUCACAAUACCGCUGGUCGCACUACUUGUCAGGGCGUCUACAUCGCUACCUAUAGCCAUUAUCCAACAAAAAGCGCUUGCGAGGCGAGUCAUGUUGAUUCCGAUACUCCAAGCAUGGAAACACUCAUUUAGGAAGGAAGCUCUUCGAGAAUACGGUCACCUUGGACCUGUUAGACUACAGAGAGCCCUUGAUGCAAAACUCAAGGGCAAGAGAAAGGAACUAUUCAAACAAUACAACUGUGCGCGUUGGAAGAUGUUUCUUGGGGCUCUGCAAAUUCCUAUCUUCUUUGGACUGUUAGAUGUUUGGAGGAGAAUGGCAAAUAUGAGGCUAACAACGCUCACCAAACUCAUAAGUCCGGACACGAUGAGCGCUGAUUUUCCCAUCAUACCUAUUGAACCUGAUUUAGCAACUGAAGGGAUGUUAUGGUUUCCAAAUCUACUUCUAGCAGAUCCUCAAAUGGUGCUGCCAUUUCUCCUUUCAGGUACGAUGCUGCUCAAUAUAUUCGCAACACAAAGCCUUCAGACGAUAAGGCAAGGAAAGUGGCAGAUUUUGAUCCGAAGAUGCAUGGGAGUUGUUGCACUAUGCGCUGGUCCCAUGUUAAUGAAUGUGCCAUGUGUAUUACUUCUUUACUGGAUCAGUAAUUCUCUUUUAAACUUUGUGCAAUACUGGCUCAUUGCUUGGAUGAUACCAGUAUCAUAUCCGCUGCCACCAUUAGUUCCAAAGAGGCCUUGGAAAAUGCCUCUUAGUCGACGUGUAGAAGUAAGACAGAGCUCAGAACAAAAAAUAAGAUAA